AUGAAUGCAUCUGUUGCACAUCCAUCACUGGACAAUGCUCAAAUUGCCAAUAUAGUAGCAUGUAGUGUGGUAUAUGGACUGGUCAUUAUGUGUACCAUAAUAUCGAUAUAUAACAAGGCUCGCAGAAAGGUACUAUAUGUUAUCGAUGACGGGCUUAUGAUUCUUGCAGUAAUUUCGCUGACUGGUGAACUCGUGGGGUAUCUUUACAGUAUCAAGCUUGGGUUUGGGAAGCAUAUGGAAACUCUUAGUGUGACUUCCAUCGAUACUAUCUACAAGGUCUUCUAUAUCUUGGAGAUUCUUUACAUGUUCACCGUUGUUGCCGCGAAGAUUUCCCUGUCGAUGAUGAUCUACCGCAUAUUUCACGUGCACCGUUCGAUCAGGACAAUAUCCAUGAUCUUAAUUGUUUUCACAGUGUGCUAUUUAGUAGUUGCUCUCGGGAUUACCAUCUUUCAAUGCAUUCCUGUUGAAAAGGCGUGGAGUUAUCCGUCGUCUAACACACCAGGGUCCUGUUUGAAUCUCAAAGCUAUUUAUCUUGGUAUUGCUAUACCGAAUAUCGGAACGGAUUUCAUUUUAACUCUCUUACCAAUUUGCUGUGUCGUGGGACUUACCAUAACGAAUGGAGCGAAACUCAGAAUAUGCCUGAUGUUUUCGGUGGGAAGCAUUGUCACUAUUAGUUCUAUACUACGUCUCUGGGCACUGAUAGACUUAUACUAUAACCCCCAAGAUUUCACAUACAUUGGGCCUCGCCCACAACUGUGGAGUUUCAUUGAGACAGGGAUGGGUAUUGCGAUAUCAACCGGAUCUCCACUCCUAAUGCAGCUUGGAGGUAGAUUAAAAAAGUUCCAGAAAUCAUCACUGGGCCGGCGCAGGAAUUUUACUAGCAACAGAACAGCACGCGAGGAUACAAAACUAGGCCGACCAGAAUCAAUGAGUUUACCAGUGAUGGCAAAGUCUCGCAAAUUAGACCGAUACAACAUUGAAAACUCAGACCAACAAGUAUGGCCGAUGAAACUAUAUAUCUCCGGAAGUUUAACAUCUCGGAGUGCAAUAGAAAUAUGAGUAUAGCAGGAAGUGUAGCAGGAUACACUGGAACCGUAGCACUGGAUUGGACAUGAUAGGAUGAAUACCUGACAGGAACGAAGAAUCGGAACGAGACGCAAGCUAUGAGAGUGACAGGCAAACUAGUGAAUCUUCCUUUACAAAAGAGAUAAGACAGUGGGAAAAUGCCAAUCAAGUAGUUACACGUACAAAGGCUACAUGAUGCAUCUCUUUUUUCUUAUGCCUAAAGUCACCUGCGGGUAUUCAUUUCCAAUUACUGUGUUUUUCAUCUACUCUUCACUUCAAAGAUGCCACAAUUCGGUAAAGGAAUAAAUCAAGUCGACAUCAGCACACACAUAACAUACCAACCCUGUUGAGUGAACAGCUAGUCAAAAGACCAUUUGCAGAAUCAAUACGCUUUGUUAUAAAUGAUAAUAUUGGAAGCUGCCGCUAGGGUACAAUACCAAGAUAAUACUUUGCUGAGCCAAAACGUCGAUCUAGCUGUUUCUCCUUAGCUUGGAUGCAAACCAUGCUUGUCAUACCUAUUGAAUUUUGGGUUGGAUGCUGACACAAUAUCAAAAACUUUGACAGGUAAGGAUUACUAUACUUUUAAGAAUAUUUCUUGAAUAUCUCGAACGAAAAAUACAUGAUGCAGUAUUUGUGGGUGUAGGGUUGAGAGAAACAGUCAGCU